GGCCCGGCCCAGCCCGGCCCCGGGACCGCCGCUGCCCACGGGCGGGGGCGCCCGGGCGGCCGGGACGAUGCGCGGUCCCUGGCCCCAGGAGGCGGCCGCCCUGGGGCCGUCGGGAUGGAGGUGAGAAGACGGCCGUGACGCGCGCCCGCGCGGCCCCCUGCACCCCCAGCAGCCCACAGCGCUCCCUGCCCCCCUCCCCCGCAGCAGCGGGCCUUGCCGUCGACUGACAGCGGCCUGGGGGGGCAGGGGGGGCGGGGGCGGCCGGAUCAGCGAUGCCGGCGGGCAUGACGAAGCAUGGCUCCCGCUCCACCAGCUCGCUGCCGCCCGAGCCCAUGGAGAUCGUGCGCAGCAAGGCGUGCUCUCGGCGGGUCCGCCUCAACGUCGGGGGGCUGGCGCACGAGGUGCUCUGGCGUACCCUGGACCGCCUGCCCCGCACGCGGCUGGGCAAGCUCCGCGACUGCAACACGCACGACUCGCUGCUCGAGGUGUGCGACGACUACAGCCUCGACGACAACGAGUACUUCUUUGACCGCCACCCGGGCGCCUUCACCUCCAUCCUCAACUUCUACCGCACUGGGCGACUGCACAUGAUGGAGGAGAUGUGCGCGCUCAGCUUCAGCCAAGAGCUCGACUACUGGGGCAUCGACGAGAUCUACCUGGAGUCCUGCUGCCAGGCCCGCUACCACCAGAAGAAAGAGCAGAUGAACGAGGAGCUCAAGCGUGAGGCCGAGACUCUGCGGGAGCGGGAAGGCGAGGAGUUCGAUAACACGUGCUGUGCAGAGAAGAGGAAAAAACUCUGGGAUCUACUGGAGAAGCCCAAUUCCUCGGUGGCUGCCAAGAUCCUUGCCAUAAUUUCCAUCAUGUUCAUCGUCCUCUCCACCAUUGCCCUGUCCCUCAACACGCUGCCUGAGCUACAGAGCCUCGAUGAGUUCGGUCAGUCCACAGACAACCCCCAGCUGGCCCACGUGGAGGCUGUGUGCAUCGCAUGGUUCACCAUGGAGUACCUGCUGCGGUUCCUCUCCUCGCCCAAGAAGUGGAAGUUCUUCAAGGGCCCACUCAAUGCCAUUGACUUGUUGGCCAUUCUGCCGUACUAUGUCACCAUUUUCCUCACUGAAUCCAACAAGAGCGUGCUGCAAUUCCAGAAUGUCCGCCGCGUGGUCCAGAUCUUCCGCAUCAUGCGAAUUCUCCGCAUCCUUAAGCUUGCACGCCACUCCACUGGCCUCCAGUCCCUGGGCUUCACUUUGCGGAGGAGCUACAAUGAAUUGGGCUUGCUCAUCCUCUUCCUCGCCAUGGGCAUUAUGAUCUUCUCCAGCCUUGUCUUCUUUGCUGAGAAGGAUGAGGACGACACCAAGUUCAAAAGCAUCCCAGCCUCUUUCUGGUGGGCCACCAUCACCAUGACUACUGUUGGGUAUGGAGACAUCUACCCCAAGACUCUCCUGGGGAAAAUUGUUGGGGGACUCUGCUGCAUUGCAGGAGUCCUGGUGAUUGCUCUUCCCAUCCCCAUCAUUGUCAAUAACUUCUCUGAGUUCUAUAAGGAGCAGAAGAGACAGGAGAAAGCAAUCAAACGGCGAGAGGCUCUGGAGAGAGCCAAGAGGAAUGGCAGCAUCGUAUCCAUGAACAUGAAGGAUGCUUUUGCCCGGAGCAUUGAGAUGAUGGACAUUGUGGUUGAGAAAAAUGGGGAGAAUAUGGGUAAGAAAGACAAAGUACAAGAUAACCACUUGUCUCCUAACAAAUGGAAAUGGACAAAGAGAACACUGUCUGAAACCAGUUCAAGUAAGUCCUUUGAAACUAAGGAGCAGGGAUCCCCUGAAAAAGCCAGAUCAUCUUCUAGUCCUCAGCACCUGAACGUUCAGCAGUUGGAAGACAUGUACAAUAAGAUGGCCAAGACCCAAUCCCAACCCAUCCUCAAUACCAAGGAGUCAGCAGCACAGAGCAAACCAAAGGAAGAACUUGAAAUGGAGAGUAUCCCUAGCCCCGUAGCCCCUCUGCCCACUCGCACAGAAGGGGUCAUCGACAUGCGAAGUAUGUCGAGUAUUGAUAGCUUCAUUAGCUGUGCCACAGACUUCCCUGAGGCCACCAGAUUCUCCCACAGCCCUUUGACAUCACUCCCCAGCAAGACUGGGGGCAGCACAGCCCCAGAAGUAGGCUGGCGGGGAGCUCUGGGUGCCAGUGGUGGUAGGUUCGUGGAGGCCAACCCCAGCCCUGAUGCCAGCCAGCACUCUAGUUUCUUCAUUGAGAGCCCCAAGAGUUCCAUGAAAAAUAACAACCCUUUGAAGCUCCGAGGACUUAAAGUCAACUUCAUGGAGGGCGACCCCAGUCCACUCCUCCCCGUUCUAGGGAUGUACCACGACCCUCUUAGGAACCGGGGGAGUGCUGCAGCUGCUGUCGCUGGACUGGAGUGUGCCACACUUUUGGACAAGGCUGUGCUGAGCCCAGAGUCCUCAAUCUACACCACAGCAAGUGCUAAGACACCCCCCCGGUCUCCUGAGAAACACACAGCAAUAGCGUUCAACUUUGAGGCGGGUGUCCACCAGUACAUUGACGCAGACACAGAUGAUGAGGGGCAGCUGCUCUACAGUGUGGACUCCAGCCCCCCUAAAAGCCUCCCUGGGAGCACCAGUCCGAAGUUCAGCACAGGGACAAGAUCGGAGAAAAACCACUUUGAAAGCUCCCCUUUACCCACCUCCCCUAAGUUCUUAAGGCAGAACUGUAUUUACUCCACAGAAGCAUUGACUGGAAAAGGCCCCAGUGGUCAGGAAAAGUGUAAACUUGAAAACCACAUCUCCCCUGACGUCCGUGUGUUGCCAGGGGGAGGAGCCCAUGGAAGCACACGAGACCAGAGCAUCUGAACUGCCCCACCUUGGAGGAGAGACUUUUGGGUGAGGUCCAAAGAGGAGAGCUGUCCAGCUUACCUGCCACAGAGCUUUUCUGCAUGAACUCUGGAACAGAAAGGCCCUGUAAAGCCCUCAGAGAGAAGAGAGACUCCAGAGAAGGCUCCCUAAGACCUUGAGAGCCAUGACAGGUCCAUCAGCAUGAAGUUGGCCAAGCCAUAGGGCACAGCACCUCCUUGUAACAACUCUAUUGCCCUUUUUGGGAGAUGACAUGAGUGUAACUCACAGCCACCACUACCACCACUUUAGACAGGACUGAGGCCACAUACUCCCCAUUCUUCUCUCAUGGCUUUCCAUCUCAGCCUUGGAGGGCAACAUUUCCAAUCCUCCUGGCUUCAGCUGGAGAAGGAUGCUGGAACAAGCGGCUGGUGUUGAAAGAGUGGGUUGACCAAUUUGGUAUUGAAUGUUGCCCAGCCACCCCUAGGAACACCUGUCCAUCACCUCCUGGAUGGAUUCCACUGUUAGACAGCUACAGGGAAUGAUUGGUCACGGGGAAGUCUCUGCGCCAUAAGCCACGAUCCCAGCUCAAAACCCUUACUCAAAUGUCUUCAUUGACUUCAGUAUUCCGUAGUACCUGAUAUUUUAUUUUGAGAUACCAUCAGGGUGAGUUGCACCACUUGUACUCAAUUCUAAUUGCCCCCUGGCAAUCUGGGAAGGGUUCAGAAGGUGGGAACCCAGCCAACAGCAUGAACUCAGAGCAUUGCUUUAGGGUUGGAGGAGGAACACGCUUUCUUUACAUCACUAGUGUAGACUCAAAAGAUAUGCAAGUGUCAAAUAUGCAAAAGAAAUAGUUUAUUCAAAGAGACUGUGUGUUACUGAAGAACAGUAUAAAAAUAUGAUUUUUUUUUACUUGCAAAAAUGAAAGGAAAAAAAUACCCCGCAUUGAAAUGCCCAGUUCAGACUGAAUAAUUCCUGCUGCAGCAAGGAAAGUACCUACUAUAAUAGAAAUUCUGUUUUGUUUUCUGUGGUUUUCAAGUU